UCUCUGAUAGAUAGGACCUAUAAAAGAAUGUUUUAUUUUGUUUAAACUAAUUUAAAUUCAAGUUUGUUUCAGAAAUUUCUACAAGACUACUAGGAAGAUACAAAGUAUUUACAGAUACAUGUAAAGAAGAAUUUCGCGAUGCACAACACUGAAGAUAUCAUUUUAUAAAAUACCCAUUCUCUCUGUCUCUUCAUUAUGUUUAAAUAUAUGGUAGUUAGAACCCAUGAGAGCUCUGUAUUAGGUAGAAUAUAGAGGGUGUUUUGAAAUUCGUAGGUACAACAAUUUUAAGCUGCUUUCGAUGCUUCCAAUGCUUUCAAUGCUUCCAAUGCUUUCAAUGCUUGUAGUUAGAUUUGUAUUAAGUGCGUGCGUAAUUAUGGGUGCUAUGUGAAUGAUGAAGAAAAUUAGUAUAAUUCUCCAUGAUGCGCAUUUUACUUCUUUUUAAACACUUUUAAGCGUCAAAUAUUCUUCAUUUCUUUGACAGCAAAGAUGUAUAAAGAAUAUACUGUCUCUUAAAGAAAUAUAAUUUAAUUUAAGAUUUAAUUUGUCUUUUACCUUUAGCUGUCGAAAUCGGUUUAGCUUCGCAACGACCGAAGGAUCGAACGUUUCGCAAACGCAUACGAAAAGUAGAAUUUGCUGUAAUUUCUUCUAUUCAAAAUUAGUAAAUUUUUGCGUAAAAGGAGGGUGGAUGGGAUCGUAGAUAGGGUGGGUCUCCACUCGCAGCAACCUCCACGUGGUGAGACCUGGAAACUUAGUAUUAUUUCAUAUACAAUUGCUAACUGUAUCAUGGUAUAUGAUAGAAUUAUGAAUUGUAUUAUAAAUAAUAUUAUGAGCUGAUUGGCUGUGAUCGCUAUUGUAUCAUCAUGGAACACUUGUUAGAUAGCUUCAUCGAUUUCUGCAUAAUCAUGGAUUCGCAUUGUAGUUGUGUUGUUUACAAUCUCUUAACACACAAUAAAGUUUAAUCUUAAUUUCAAGCAUAAUCAACGUUGUAACUUUCUUUUGUGAAUCAUUCAACAAUUCAUUAGAUCGUCUGCGUUUAUGCGUGUAACGAACAAAGAUCUUCUCAUGGCUACUGGCCUUUAUCGUUUUCCAUUCGAUUGGGAUUAAAUCGAGGUUGAAAAGCGACUUGACAUGCAGUAAUUCCUAUGUUCCCCUGAGCAAAUCGUAGAUGGCGUAAGAAACAAGUCCGGUCUUUUUCGAAGUCGGUAUUUCAGAACCCGUGAGACGUAAAUUCUCAUUUCGCCAAAUGUCGCGUAUAUCCUUUGUGUCGAUGAUACGAUCCACUAAUUUGCCGAUCUACUGUUAAAAACUGUUAGAAUGUUGGUAAAAAGUAGGCAAUAAGUACGAGCCGUGAAAAAGUAAAUAUCGCUAGUAUUGAUUUGUUUGUUAGUUAGAAAGCGGUAGCUUGAGAGGCAUCGAGUUAUCGCAUUGCCGAACAGAAAUUCUCCUCUUACAUAACGACUGUUUUAAUACAUAAAUUUUCGAUAUCUAUCAAGGCGUUCCUUGACGAAAGUCCCUAUGACUUCGCGAUCGACAGAUCUAAUACAAUUACGAGGUGUUUCCAAGAAGAAGAUUCUAGUAUAAGGAUUCAGAAAUACGUGUCAAGAAUUUCUUCUUUAACCAACGAUACUUUGACUCGAACGAGUUACAUAAAUUGAUUACACACAAUUACUAGAUAAACUCUUUCAUACAAGAUAGUAGAAAUGCCCGGAAUGGAGAAUGUGACCAAUUUCGGUCUUCGAGUGGAGAAAUUCAAGAAAGAUUUCCUCAAGCAUUACCAGGCCAAGUUUCCAAACCUGUUCCGUAUUUGUUUUGAUCCGAUAGGCACUCAUAAGAAAUCGCGUGCCUUUAUCGGUUUCUUGCUCGGAUUUUUUAUGGCUGCUCUUCUAUACGAAUGCAUUAUCGUCGACCUGCAGUUCGAAGCGUAUACCAGCGUGUGCCUUGGUGGUAUUUUGAUUACGAUGCUGUCAAUUGGAUGUGCCUUGUCGAUUCAGGUGAGGUGUAUUUCCAUUUUGACGAUACCAGCGUUUUUUGGCCGAGCAGGUCGAAGUAUGUUGAGAGCACUGAUUUUUGGAUACAUCAUUGCCGGACCAUUGUUUAAUUUAGUGUAUAACGCUAAGGAGGUGGUAAGAACAUUCGGCUGCACUACACAGUUGACGUACAACCUUACCAAGACAAGAUUUGAUUUAAUGUUCAAACCAUUUCAACAGGCGAUCCUUGCUAUGAAAGCGGAUGCAAAUGAGAUAAAAGACACGCUUUCUUCGGUGAGGGACUUAAUGAGCCCGAUUGUCGAAGAAGUGGAGGGAGAGGAAGAAAUGUUGCGAUUAAAGGAGGAAAACGAUUAUUUGGACGAGUUGCAAGGUGAUACAAAAAGAAGCAAGGAAAUCGAACAGAAGCAUGAGAAAAAAAUUGAAGAAGCCAAAUCAGAUGCAGAAAUAUUUGAAGCUAAAUAUAAGAAAAAAAUCGAAGCUCGAUGCGAGGAGCAACUUAGUCGAGGUGCGGGAAGAUGUAGGGACAUGUUCGGUAAUGCUUAUGACAAGUGUUACGAAGCAGUGAGCGUAUUUGCUGCUUGGCUGCUGUGUUGGCCGAUGAAACUCACUUUCGUCUGUAAUCUGGUUCAAGCACUGGGUGGUUCUAGUAUCUGUGAUCCUGAAGGAAAGGUUGAUAGUGGCAUCGGCGAGGGAUACAUCGCUUUGAAAGGUGCUCGGGACGAAUUCAGCCGAAGCUUAAAGGACGCGAAGCUGCAAUACAAAGUGAGGAAGCCGCCAGUGAUUUUGGAUCUUCAAGAUUCAGAGUAUGCUGCCAGAGCGGUAAUACACGAAUUCACAGUGCGAAGAAGAUUGUUCCAGUCCGUGAUGACCAUCGUAAAAAGAUGCUUGUCCUUCGUGUUUCUAAAAAUCAUUCUCGACGCUCAGAGAUACCACGACGAAUAUUUGAAUGAUAUUGAGUUCGACAAUAUAUAUGUGUCGCCCUAUUUCCGCAAGAUAGACGCAAGAAGAAGAGCACGCGGUAGUAUGACUCUGUUGCCGUUCAAGAAAAUCGAGAGGAGAAAGUUUGUUGACCCUUACAGUGUGAAACCGAGCAAAACCGAAAGGUCUCAUUUGACUGGACAGACAGUUAAAUUGCUUCUCGAGCUCAUCACGGCCAGUGUUUUCGUAAUUUUGGAUUGGUUAUUUUAUGAAGUGUUAGAUUUAAUCAGGAGGCACGCUUAUAUGGAGUACGCUCAGGCAGGCCACCACGACCUAAGUUUGGAAAUUCGAGGAACGGGGGUGAUCGCAUCAUUGAUCAGAAACGCGAUUCGCGGUUUCAACGUGAAGAAACGAAUCAAAACCGUGGUUUCGAACAGCGCGUGCCUUCCUCGACCUACGAAACUACCCGCUUACGUAAUCGUCAAGAUCUACGGUACCUUCAUAGCAGUUUUCCUCCUGAUCUUCGCGUCCAUCUACACUGAGAGAUUACGUCGUGGCAUUUGCUCGUUCUUUUAUCGAAGAAGAGAAAAGAGACGAGUAUUGUACCUCUAUAACGAGAGUUUACGGCGCAGACUCUCGUACGCCAAGUUCAUGAAGGCUAAGGUAAAGAAUAUGGUGAGAACGCGUCAUUUGGAGAACGAGGUGAAUUUCUGGUUGGCCGUGAGACUUAAAUGGCCGGAUCGUUUUGGAUGGCUCAAGUACUUCGCCUGUGCCAGAGAAAGAUGUUUAAUCUGCGGCGAUCCGGAGCCUAGAAAAGGGCCAAAGUACCGAGCAUGCACCACUCCAGGCUGCCCCUUCUUGCAUUGCGCUGAAUGCUGGAGAGACAUAGGAAAGAUUUGCUAUGCUUGCACUGAGUUUUCCGAUACUGAAACGGAAGAGUACGACACCCAACGCAGUGACUUUUAGUUCAGUCAACUCGCUGUCGACCAAGCGAUGGAAUAAUUCGUACAAGUUGCCUAAACGCAACAUUAUUGAUAAACACAGUAACUCAUAACAUGUUUGAAAAAAUCCUUGCGACUCACUUUUAUAAUCACAAUGUUGAAAUACAAUGAUGUAAGCUAAGCAACAAAAAUUGCAAAUGAAAUGCUGAGUUAAUGCAUCGUUGAUCUUUAAAGAAUCUAAAAAGAAGAAGAAGACUUGUUGAAGAUUUAUAACUGAAGACGUUAAUUAAUAAGCUUAAUUAUUGAAUUAUAUUAUAUGAAUGGUGGUGCUGUAAUUAUAACCAUUCUUUAUUUAUGUACUAUGCUACUAAUUAUUGAAUAUGAAUACAUUAAUUCCUGAUUUAUGUCUUUUGGUAGCCAUUUAAAUGAUUAAGCCAGUAGAAUUUAAAACAAGGAAACUUAAAUUUAUGCCAAAUCGAUUAAUUUUAUUCCAAUGUUUAACAUACGAUUGGAGAUUACGUAUUCUUUUGAAGAAAGUACAUAUGAUAGGAUCAAUAUUACGCCUCGAGGUACCAAUGAUACUAAUCAAGAUUGUAGGUAGUAGUGGCUAGAAACAUUUUUCGGGAAACUAUGAUAUCAUCAGAGAUGGUAAGGCCAUCUCUACGUAUAGAUCUCACGUAACAAACUCGACAAGAAGUCUCAGAUUUCAUGAGGAAGAAACGAGAACUUAAACCGUGCAUUUACUAUGUUGGAUUUAUGAGGACUGUGAUGCUCGAAUGGAAUACAAAACAUUCAAGAGCACAAAGUAGGAUCAUUCCUAGUUUUAUAAUACAAUGGUAUUAUCCGAGGAAUCUCGCAUCUCCAUUAAAUUUCCACGAAGCCAACGAUGUAUCAAGGUAACGUUAACAUAAGUAUAAUGAGUUGCAGACGCGGAACGAUUUACGUCUGUUUCACAUAAUUCAAGGAAAGAUUGCGAUUGUGCGACGAAUCUACUUGAAUACGACAUGAGGUCUCGCAAAUUGGUUAAAUUCCGUUCACAUACACGAAGAGGCAAGAUACUGUAUGUUGUUAUAAAGAGAAUUUAACGAUGAUUGCUAUAAUUGCUAGUACUGUACAAAAAACAAAGUACAUAAUACGUAUACUGUUCUUAUUAGUUAAAAUGUUGUAUCCAUGAUUUCGUAAUUGAAGGAAACUCGAGUUCUACUCAUUUUCUUUGUAGCAUUUUAACUUAUGUAAGAAGGAUAAUUUUAUUAUUUCAUCGUUUCACUGUUUUACUGCUUCAUCAGUUUGUUAUUCCAUUACUCUGCCAUUUUAUUACUUUAUCAUUUGAAGAGCACUCGAGGGGAACGCGACAAACUAGGGUUAUGGUUCCUGGAAAAGGAAUAGCUUGUUAGAUUCGGAAAUAUAAGCUUCCUGAGUGCAGGUGACAGACCUACGAAAUUUUAUGAACAAUUUUUUAAUGUUCAAUAGGGUGUAAAAAUACGUAUUUAAUUUUGCAAGCAAAUAAGAGGGCAAUUUUAAUAACAUGGAAUUGAUUAUGGAAUUUUACAAUUGUUCAUCAUGUUUCCUGCCUAUGGUCUUUGAUUUACAAUUUUCCUAUUUUACUAUUUUCUCAUCUUAUAACUCUACUGUUUUAUAAUUUUACUGUUUCUCUAUAUUACUAUUCUAUGAUUCUAUUAUUCUGCCAUUUCUUCGUUUUACCGUACUAUUUUCAAAAUUUGUAGGAAACUCUGGUAUUUCAACAUUUUCAUACGGAUGACGCACAAGAGGCACAAUAGAGGUACCGGUCAGCUGUUGCAAGCUAAAAUCGAAUUUCAUCCACGUUAACAAGAAUUGCUCGGUUCUUCGAACAUCGCGGCGCGCAAGAAAAUGAUCUUUCCGUGUGCAUUUUUCCUAAGG